UAUGCUUAAUUCUUGAAGAUUACCGCGCACAAUUAGGAGUAUUGUUUGGAGUUAAGCCCCUCAAAGAUCUAUAUCCCUAUAUUAAUAAAGAUGAUUCAAUCUUUUUUUUUGACAAACACGCAAUACAUUUUUUUAAAAACGUAAAAGAAAUUUUUUUGAGAGAUCGGGAAAAAAAUGAAGUUUUUCAUUAUGGUUGUAGCAUUGAUGGCUUGCUAUGGUUACAGUGUUGGAAUGACCAAUCAAGAAAAAAGAGCUUUGACAAAAAGAGUCUUAAAAGAAAUUUUAGUGGAUAACAAAGAUCAAAUAGAAAGCUAUAUCCGCCAAAUGAUAAAAGAUACACUCGCGAGUUCAAAUGACGGUGACCAUGUAAACAACGAAUUAAGAAAUAUUUUAAAAAUUGAAACUGAAUCUGAAGCUAAAAACCUUUAUGAAAAAGAAAACCUUUAUGACAAAAUCAAACCAAAAAUUGAUCGUGGAAUAGAUACUGCUUCGCAAGAAAAGGAGCUAUUAGGAAAUGAAAAUAGUUUCGAUUCAAAUGAACUUGAAGAUGAAAACAAAAUCAAGCAAGUUGUGAAUUUAUUAGAUAACGUUCCAAAAUAUUUUGUUGAUCAAUACUACAAAGAAAAAGCUGCGUUGGAAGAAAAAAAAAGUUUUCAAAAAAGUCUUUCAGACUUUAUUGAAGAUAUCCCCCAAAAAAAACAUUUAAAUCCUCUAGAAGAUAAAAUUCAAAAAAGUGAUCAAACCAAACAGCUUAACGAUGAAGAUGAUGACAUUGAACUUGAAAAUAUAAUUGAUGAAGAUGAAGCAAAAAAUCAUACAAAGUUAUAUGACAACAAUAACACAGAUGAGGACAUAAACUCACUUCUAAACGAGUCAAUAAAGAAGGAAUUGAAGGACAAAGUAAAAGCGAAGAUCACUCAAAAGUUCAAAGAUGUACUUUUAGGUCGUUAUUUGCAAAAAAAAGAGGACUUUAAAACAAAAAUUUCGGAAAAAUUAAAGAAGUUAUUUGGAAAAAAAUCUAAAUAAAAUGUGUUGUAUUAUUAAGAAAUGGUAUUGUCAAUGGAUUGAGAUAAGAUAUAUCAGACCCAACGAAA